AGGGUCUAGUACUUUCUCCCGCUUUCAUUAGGAAACGUCCAGAACCGUUCCGAUUCAUCUUCUCGCCUCAACAAAUACUCAUUUCUCUUCCCUCCUCUCACCGAUUCACUUUGUUCGAAAACAGAAACCAAGUUCUAAGCUAAACGCUUCCCAAAACCAUCCUUCGUUUUUCUCUUUUCUAAUUCCAAACAUAACCAGACACUGUAUACGCAAACGCGACUGUGAAUAUCUUCUUAGCUCAAACACAAACACAAAAACACCUGCGUUCCGAAUUUCCGAUCAAGGUUGUUAUAGAUGAAUCCUGAGAAGUUCACACACAAGACUAAUGAGGCUCUUGCCAGCGCCCAUGAGCUGGCAAUGAAUGCUGGCCAUGCACAAUUCACUCCCCUCCACAUUGCCGCAGCACUGAUCUCCGAUCCCACUGGAAUCUUCUUCCAAGCAAUUUCUAGUGCCGGUGGCGAAGAAUCGGCGCACGCUGCCGAGAGGGUAUUCAACCAGGCAUUGAAGAAGCUACCGUGCCAGUCACCACCUCCUGAUGAGAUUCCUGGAAGCACCAGCCUCAUCAAAGCAAUAAGGAGGGCACAGGCACUUCAGAAAUCAAGGGGUGAUACUCAUUUGGCAGUUGAUCACUUGAUACUUGGGAUUCUUGAAGAUUCCCAAAUUGGGGAUUUGUUGAAAGAAGCUGGCGUUGCCACUGCUAGGAUUAAAUCUGAAGUGGAGAAGCUUAGAGGGAAGGAAGGGAGGAAAGUUGAGAGUGCCUCAGGGGACACAACAUUUCAGGCACUGAAAACUUAUGGUAGGGAUCUUGUUGAGCAAGCUGGGAAGCUUGAUCCUGUCAUUGGCCGUGACGAGGAGAUAAGAAGGGUUGUGAGGAUUUUAUCCCGGAGGACGAAGAACAACCCGGUUCUCAUUGGUGAGCCUGGAGUUGGGAAAACUGCUGUGGUGGAAGGAUUGGCUCAGAGGAUAGUGAGGGGUGAUGUUCCUAGCAAUCUUGCUGAUGUCAGGCUUAUUGCAUUGGAUAUGGGGGCGUUGGUUGCCGGUGCAAAGUAUAGGGGAGAAUUUGAGGAGAGAUUGAAGGCUGUUUUGAAAGAAGUGGAGGAGGCUCAGGGGAAGGUUAUUCUCUUCAUUGAUGAGAUUCAUCUUGUUCUUGGGGCUGGUAGAACUGAAGGGUCAAUGGAUGCUGCAAACCUCUUCAAACCAAUGCUUGCUCGUGGCCAGCUAAGGUGCAUUGGUGCCACCACUCUUGAGGAGUACAGGAAGUAUGUGGAGAAGGAUGCAGCAUUCGAAAGAAGAUUCCAGCAAGUCUAUGUGGCUGAACCCAGCGUGCCAGACACUAUUAGCAUUCUUCGUGGCCUAAAAGAGCGAUACGAAGGUCAUCAUGGUGUUAGGAUUCAGGAUCGUGCGCUGGUUGUGGCAGCUCAAUUGUCUAGUAGAUACAUCACGGGGCGUCAUCUUCCUGAUAAGGCUAUUGAUUUGGUUGACGAGGCUUGCGCAAAUGUGAGAGUUCAACUUGAUAGCCAACCUGAGGAAAUUGAUAACCUUGAAAGGAAGAGAAUGCAGCUCGAAGUUGAACUUCAUGCCCUUGAGAAAGAGAAGGACAAAGCUAGCAAAGCUCGUCUUGUUGAAGUGAGAAAAGAACUUGAUGACUUAAGAGACAAGCUCCAACCUUUGAUGAUGAAGUACAGAAAAGAGAAGGAGAGGGUGGAUGAGAUUAGAAGGCUCAAGCAGAAGCGUGAGGAGCUCCUUUAUGCUCUCCAAGAGGCUGAGAGAAGAUAUGACCUAGCACGAGCUGCAGACCUUCGAUAUGGCGCAAUUCAAGAAGUGGAAACUGCGAUUCAACAGCUUGAAGGGAACACUGAGGAGAACAUAAUGUUAACGGAAACUGUUGGACCAGACCAGAUAGCUGAGGUUGUGAGCCGCUGGACUGGCAUACCAGUGACGAGGCUCGGCCAGAAUGAGAAAGAGAGGCUGAUUGGCCUUGCUGAGAGGCUGCACACUAGAGUUGUGGGACAAGAUCAAGCAGUUAAUGCGGUUGCUGAGGCUGUAUUGAGAUCAAGAGCUGGACUUGGGAGACCUCAACAACCAACUGGCUCAUUCCUGUUCUUGGGUCCAACAGGUGUAGGUAAAACGGAGCUUGCAAAGGCUCUUGCUGAACAGCUCUUUGAUGAUGAGAAUCAGCUGGUCCGAAUCGACAUGUCUGAGUACAUGGAGCAGCACUCAGUUUCGCGGUUGAUUGGUGCACCACCAGGGUAUGUUGGACAUGAGGAAGGAGGUCAGUUGACCGAAGCUGUGCGGCGACGACCAUAUAGCGUUGUACUCUUUGAUGAGGUUGAGAAGGCACAUACAUCUGUGUUCAACACUCUCCUUCAGGUUCUAGAUGAUGGAAGGUUAACUGACGGCCAGGGCCGCACCGUGGACUUCAGAAACACCGUCAUCAUCAUGACUUCAAACCUCGGUGCAGAACAUCUCCUAAGUGGGCUUUCAGGAAAAUGUACCAUGCAAGUUGCUCGUGAUAGAGUAAUGCAGGAGGUAAGGAAGCACUUCAGGCCAGAAUUGUUGAACAGACUUGAUGAGAUUGUGGUGUUCGAUCCACUCUCACAUGAUCAACUGAGGAAGGUUGCAAGGCUUCAAAUGAAGGAUGUUGCUCUUCGUCUUGCUGAGAGGGGAAUAGCCUUGGCAGUUACAGAUGCAGCACUCGACUACAUACUUGCCGAGAGCUAUGAUCCGGUGUAUGGUGCAAGACCAAUAAGGAGGUGGCUUGAGAGGAAGGUGGUGACAGAGUUGUCAAGAAUGCUUGUGAGGGAAGAAAUUGAUGAGAACUCAACAGUUUAUAUAGAUGCUGGUACCAACGGCAACGACUUAGCCUACCGUGUGGAGAAGAAUGGAGGCGUUGUUAACCCCACAACUGGCCAGAGGUCAGAUAUUCUAAUUCAGAUACCCAAUAGACCAGCUUCUGAUGCUGCUGCUCAGACCGUGAAGAAGAUGAAGAUUGAGGAGGUUGAUGAUGAGGAUGAAAUGGAAGAGUGAAAAGUGUAUGACAAUAUUGUAGAGAGUAUAUACUAUAUAGGUCACUUUUUUGGACAACUACAAGUUUAAGGUUGUAUAAGACUUCGAAAUUCCUUUGUUUUUGUUAAAUACUUGUCUUUGUCUGAAUGGAAUAAGGAAUAUUCAAUUCCUUUUGUAAUAACGGUUGUUGGCUAUAAUUCUACUUAACCUUUUAACA